AUGCCCCCCCACUCAGAAAAGCAACCCAUCACCUUAUCACCAAUAUGCACCACGCCACCUCUCCUCCACACUUGUUCGCUUUCCCGAUCCCUUCUCUUGCCACAUUACGAGCUGGUGAGUUCCGGUCGAGGUGGGUACACCCCCGAAUAUAACGAUCCUGUUAAUCCCGACGACGACUCGAGGAAGACAUUUUAUCUCAAUCCCGAAGUCGACGUGUUGUAUUUUACAAGCCUUCGAGUGUUCGACUCGGAACAAAAUCAGCAUUUUCCAUGUCCUCAUACUUGUGCAAUAUGUGUCAAUGUUACGUUUGAUCUGCAUCGAGCACUUCGUGUGGUUGUUGGGAAUCGAGAUGUGAGAGUGCGUUUGAGGAAUGUAGCGGUUGGCUUAGAGAUACCAGGGUUACGCCCAUAUCGUCUCUUGGUUUCGGGAGCAGAUGCGGAUCUAAAAGGGUUGAUGAGGUUAUUUUGGGUGAUGAGGGAUGAUGCGGUUAUUGACGGUGGUGCUAUUAGUCGUGAAAUUGGGGAAGGAGAAGUUCUAGGACGAGCAGUCGAUGACAGGUGGGCAGGGAAAGGGAAAAUCAUAGGGAAAACGGAAAUCCCACAAUUGAUUGAGGACGGUAGGAAGAUUCUUGACGGGCGAACACAUGUAGAUCUAAGUAAAGAUCUAAGAAUGUGGAAAAUGGAAGAUUUGGUCAAUGACUAUUAUGCCCGCAAAUGUUUGGAGAGAAACCAGAGCGUUGGUUCUAAUGUGGCUAGAUUGUUCAAGAUACCCAUUGGAAGAUGCUCAGUACCAUCUAGUACGCAAGAUGUGAAUGAGGAGCGAAAAUUAGAAUUUGUAGAGGUGAGUUGUGUAGUGGUUGGGAAUGUAUAA